AUCACUUGAACCCAGGAGGUGUAGGUUGCAGUGAGUUGAGAUCAUGCCAUUGCACUGGGCAACAAGAGUGAAACUCCAUCUCAAAAAGAAAAAGCAAAUCUGGCUGUAUCAUUUCCCAGUGUAAAGCCUUUUUAGGCCAACCUUGCCAAAAAAUCCUUCUGUUCUAUCAUCUAGAGCCUUCAUUUCAUUUCUCAGUUCUCCUGCCUGUGCACCCAUGAGGUCUCUGCCCCUGCUCCAUCCUGCUAGGCUUUCUGCUCCCUUCCGUGACUCCCAGGUGAGGCCUGUGCUGCUUCCUCUGCUUGGGACAUGGGAAGAUACCAAGGACAGGUUUUGUCGCAGAAUGUGGUUCUGCAUUGUGUAAACUGGGAGACCUUGCAUAGGCUCCCUCUCUCUGUGUUCGAGAUUCCUCUCUGAAAAAGGAGGAUAAGAUGAGGGUGAAAGGGAGGAUUUAAGAUGAUGAAUGCCAGAUCCUUCAGAUAAUGGUGAGGGCUCUGAAGUGCUGCCUUUGAGUUCUUGAAUGACAGUGGGGAUUGCUGUACCUGCCUGAUACAACCAGAUGGGUGCCGUGUUCAGCAGUGGCAGGUGGUAGGCACAGUGUACAGCCUCCUCCAACCACCCCCAGCCUUUGUCCUUCUAUCCAGCCCUGAUGUCCAGCAAUUUGCAUUUCAGAUUUUCCUUCCCCAUUCUUUUGAAGGAUAUUUGUUUCCAUCUUUGCCACAAUUCAGUAGAAUGAGGUAACAAAGAUACUUGAAGGUAUCUCUCAAGAAAUAGAUAAUGGGAGAAGUUGCUGGGGCCACAUCAGGCAAGGGUGGGGGCAAGCAGGAGACUUAACUAUGGAGAAAAAGUGUAGGAGAAUUUCAGAAUUGCAGUAUGCUCAGUUGUGUCCAGGGCUUGUGGUGGAAUCUGAAAUGAUGUUUAUGGAGCGAGUCUGAAGUAUUCAUUAAUAUCAGAAGACAGUGAUACGUAGUCAGAUCUUCAUUAACAAGAAUCCGCUUAACUAAAAGCUGAAAAAUAUCUUUUGUUUUACUUUUCUUAUUCAAGUUGGACAAAGAAGCAAAUGUCAACAAAACAAGCUGAUAAUUUUUAAAUGAUUAUUAAAAAGUAAAAGUGUGGAGGGAUAUCCUGAAAUUAAUUUGGAUUCAGCUAAAUUACUUUUUCUUUGUAAUCAGCAUCAUUACUAUGUGAGAACAAGACUCAGAAUCAUAAUCAGGGGGCAUUUCAUUCAUGUCAUGUAGAUUCUCAUCGUAGAAUCAUAACUGAUUUAGAAAACUAGAGGAGGAGGGAAGAGGUAGACCUUUAUAUAGCAGGUCAUGCACACUGUGCUUUCGGAGUUACUCACUGAGGCGAAAGAAUAGAGAUUAGCUACUGAUGAAGGACAAAAGGAAUUUUCUGCUGAAUCCCGAAUUUGCCAGGAUGACUCCUUCUGGAGCUGUCAGUUCAUCGAGGCUGAGGUAUUCGGAACCUCAAGUUAGACACUCUCCCCGUCCUUUGGGCCUUCGGGCCCCCUUGGGCACUGUUGUAAGAAGCAUGGUGCUUUGAAACAAGACCCCGGGCUUUACGUCAGAAUGAAGUGGCCCUUGCCCAGCUUCCUAUUUUUCAGUUAGAUUGUGAUUGUGGGUUUUUAAGCCAGGCAUAUGAACUUUAUGAGCUGCCAGAGCUCACAUUUCUGCUUAGGUUAUUGAAGAAUUUUGAUCUGAUAGAUGUUAUUGCUCUAUUGCCAGAGUUCAAUUUAUUUGUUUGUUCAUUCAACAAAUAGUGAUUGAGAUUUUCCUAUGUGUCUGUCAAUGUAGGCAAUCGGUGACAAACCAGGCCAAAAUCUUUUCUGUCCUAAUGGAGAGAGAAACUAAAGAAACAAAUGAAACAUUUAGAAUGCUGAAAGCUGCGGUUGGAUUUCUCACGAUAUCCAGUGUUAUCUCCAUGUCUGCCCCUUUCUUCCUGGGGAAGAUCAUCGAUGUCAUCUAUACCAACCCCACUGUGGACUACAGCGACAACCUGACCCGCCUCUGCCUUGGGCUCAGUGGUGUGUUUCUGUGUGGUGCUGCCGCCAAUGCCAUUCGUGUCUACCUCAUGCAAACUUCAGGUCAGCGCAUUGUGAAUAGGCUGAGAACUUCGUUAUUCUCCUCCAUCCUGAGGCAGGAGGUUGCUUUCUUUGACAAGACUCGCACAGGAGAAUUGAUUAACCGCCUCUCAUCAGACACUGAACUCCUGGGGCGCUCAGUGACUGAAAACCUCUCAGAUGGGCUCAGGGCUGGGGCCCAGGCUUCUGUAGGCAUCAGCAUGAUGUUUUUUAUCUCACCUAAUCUGGCCACCUUUGUUUUGAGCGUGGUGCCUCCAGUGUCAAUCAUUGCUGUAAUUUAUGGACGAUAUCUACGGAAACUGACCAAAGUCACCCAGGAUUCCCUGGCACAAGCCACUCAGCUAGCUGAGGAACGUAUUGGAAAUGUAAGAACUGUUCGAGCUUUUGGGAAAGAAAUGACUGAAAGAGAGAAAUAUGCCAGCAAAGUGGACUAUGUGAUGCAGUUAGCAAGGAAAGAGGCAUUCGCUCGGGCUGGCUUCUUUGGAGCAACUGGGCUCUCCGGAAACCUGAUUGUGCUUUCUGUCCUGUACAAAGGAGGGCUGCUGAUGGGCAGUGCCCACAUGACCGUGGGUGAACUCUCUUCCUUCCUAAUGUAUGCUUUCUGGGUUGGAAUAAGCAUUGGAGGUCUGAGCUCUUUCUACUCGGAGCUGAUGAAAGGACUGGGUGCUGGGGGGCGCCUCUGGGAGCUCCUGGAGAGAGAGCCCAAGCUGCCUUUUAACGAGGGGGUCAUCUUAAAUGAGAAAAGUUUCCAGGGUGCUUUGGAGUUUAAGAACGUGCAUUUUGCCUAUCCAGCUCGCCCAGAGGUGCCCAUAUUUCAGGAUUUCAGCCUUUCCAUUCCAUCAGGAUCUGUCACAGCACUGGUUGGCCCAAGUGGUUCAGGCAAAUCAACAGUGCUUUCGCUCCUGUUGAGGUUGUACGACCCUGCUUCUGGAACUAUUAGUCUUGAUGGCCAUGACAUCCGUCAGCUAAACCCAGUGUGGCUGAGAUCCAAGAUUGGGACAGUGAGUCAGGAACCCAUUUUGUUUUCUUGCUCAAUCGCUGAGAACAUCGCUUAUGGUGCUGAUGACCCUUCCUCUGUGACCGCUGAGGAAGUCCAGAGAGUGGCUGAAGUGGCCAAUGCAGUGGCCUUCAUCCGGAAUUUCCCCCAAGGGUUCAACACUGUGGUUGGAGAAAAGGGUGUUCUCCUCUCAGGUGGGCAGAAACAGCGGAUUGCAAUUGCCCGUGCUCUGCUAAAGAAUCCCAAAAUUCUUCUCCUAGAUGAAGCAACCAGUGCGCUAGAUGCUGAAAAUGAGCACCUUGUUCAAGAAGCUCUAGAUCGACUGAUGGAUGGAAGAACGGUGUUAGUUAUUGCUCAUCGUCUCUCUACCAUUAAGAAUGCUAAUAUGGUUGCUGUUCUUGACCAAGGAAAAAUUACUGAAUAUGGAAAACAUGAAGAGCUGCUUUCAAAACCAAAUGGGAUAUACAGAAAACUAAUGAACAAACAAAGUUUUAUUUCAGCAUAAGGAAACAAUUACUGGUAAACAACAUGAGAGACUUUAAUGCAAAACAGUGUUACAGAAAAAAAAAAACUCAAGACUGUAUGAAAUAUGUAAACCAUAUAUCAAGUUAUUUGAAAAAUACCUAUUUUUUUCCAAAGUGUGUAAAAUAUUGUUUUGAAAUGUACCUGUUCUCAAGAUCUUUUUAUUCAGAGUUUUAAAAAUUGUAACUUUUUCAAUGUCUAUAGCACUGAAGUUAUUUUCAGGUUCUAUAUUUUCUUUUAUUGUGGAAUAUUUUAAUUAAUACAGCAUGGCACCUCAUUUUCUUUUGCCUACUGUUAAAGAUUAAAGCUAUUGUCAAAUGACAACUUUAAAAAGGGAAUUAUACAUAAAAAGCCUGAUUAUUUUAGGCCAGUUUACCAAUCACUGUGUAAUUCUUCUGGUAGUAUUCUACCUACUUUUAAGUCUAAUUUUACUAAAUAGAGUAAUAGAAAAUGAAAAUUUAACCCUUUAUUCUGAUAAUCUCGUGAAGCAAACCUAACUAUUUAACAUCAGCUGGAAAGAAGGGAACAUUUCUAUUGCCCGUCUCCUUUGUCUUCAAAGGUGUGAGAGUUGAGGAAUAUGUGUUCCUGUGGGAACUAUGUUUGAAUAUGUGCAGUUUUCAACAUUGUGGCACAUGAAAGCCUGACAAGUUUUUAAAAGGGCAGAAGCUUUAUUUUUUGAACAGGAAAAUGUCUUUUUUAAAUUCACAUGUUUGUAUGAGUACUUUUGGGAAGCAAGGCAUGAACUGCUAGGUAUUAUUAACAAUGAAUGAUUUUUGCAUUUAAGUUGUCUGAAGGCAUGUAUUUUGAAAGAUAUCUGUUACAAAUUUAUAUUUUCAAGACAAAUUGAAUCUUAUUUUGGAAUACUUUUGGAAUUUCAUUAAUAAGGCUAAAAUCUGGGGAAUAUUUUCAGCCUUAAGAAAUUUAAGUUUGGAAGUCCUUGCUAUUCAACAGAAUAACAAGAAACCUUCAGAAUGUAUCACUCUCCUGAAAAGAAGAUAUUAAGAAGCCCUUUUAUUUAUGGUUAUAGUUUUAUUUAUACUCUCAAAAUUCCUAAAGCAAUGCUACAACCAUUCAAUUUGCCAUAUUUUGUAUCAGUGCUGUUAAUUUGCUGUUGCCUCAAGAAAAAGUGCUUUUUCUCCAUUGAUGAGGCUAGACCCUAAGAAGUAAUUAAGCCAAUGGAAAUCAAAUGGAAGUUUUCCCAUGAACUAAGCAUUUAUUAGUUCCCUGAUUAGACUGGAAGAAGAAACUACUAUUUCAUGAAAAGCAUGGAAUAUUAUAUUUUAUUCUUCAUAAUUAAUAAAAUUGAUAUGAAUGAAUGUAGUGUUCUUUGAAUUAGUAAACAGUACAGCUGUGACAAUCAUUUUUAACAAGCUCUACUUGUAUUCUUUAUAAAGUGUGAUUUUCAGAAAGCAAACAAAACACAAUUUCAAGGUUGAAUCUGAGGAAAAUAAUCCUUGUGCCAUAGAAGUAUUUACAAAAUUGCAUUUCAUUGUUAUGUUUUAUUUUCUGAUACAUGAUGUUCAAUUAUAUCUUUAGGUAAUAUUUUAUAUCAUAGAUUAAAAUUUAUAGUGAACUUUA